AUGCUUAGCCAAUUUUUUUAUAGUUGCUCUAAUUUCCUCGUCUAUUUCUUAUUGUUGUGCUUAAAGAUCGCGGCUAAACUGAGCAUCUCCCUCCUUCGACACUCUGACAUCAUACCUGCUGAUAAGGCUUUCUACGAGGCAGGAAUAAAUUGCCGAGAACAAGGUUGGACUUCUAUGGCUUUCGUUUUUCUUAACCGCUAUCUGGAUCUCGUUGAGGCAAUCGAGGAUCCCAAAAAUUUAGCUAGUGCUUUGGAUAGCAGCGACUUGCAGGAAACAGACAUACCAUUAGAGGUCCCUCUACCCGAGGAGGCCUACACAAACCAGGAGGAGCACGAGAGCGUACGAGAAUGGAUUUUAGCCGUCUCAAUGGACCAUAAACUUGAACAAUCAUUACCCUGUGAUGAGCGUGGCAUUUACGUGGCUGCACUGAGCACUCCCAAGAGCCAAGGCCCCACCGCUCUGCCUUGCCUGAUCACUGGCUAUCCGAUACUUCAGCCUGCUGGUGAGAUUCGAUUUCAAAAUUCCAACCGAGUCGCCAAUCGACGCGACUGGAAUUCUUUUGAAGCGGCAUGUAGAGCUGCACGUACGGCCGAAUGUAUUGAUACGAUGGACUUCCUCAAGCGUUGGUGCGGCUCUGCCGUAAAUGCAGAUGUAGCUGUUAAAUUUUAA